CAUUGACCACUCGAUGAGAAAAAUGGUUCCUCACUUUAAGUUUAUGAAAUCGCGGUUUGUGAACCUCAUUGCCAUGACCUAAGAGAUUAUCAGUGCUGAAGGAAGCAAAAUAUAAAAUAUAUGAACACCCAAAUCAUAAGGAUACGAAAUGCCAGUAUAAGAUUACCUCGCGUCCAACGACAAGACAAGGGGAAAAAGUUCAAGCAUUCUAAACGCUCAUCGUGAGGGAGUUUAGAAAGAACCGUCACUAGUUUCGUCACCACACGCUUAACACGCUCAAGUGGGUUUGUAUCCUUUAUCAGACAUGAGCUAGCUGCUUGAAUACAGUACUCUAAGUGUGGUCUUGCGUAGGUGAUUUCCUGGAUAUAUUAUGUCGAAUCUUAUUCUGCCACUCCAAGUGUACAUCUUAUUCUUAUCUCUCUGAAUAUCGAAACGGCCUUUACCAUUUGACUGAUUUUAAUUAUCCAUAACUAGUCAGUGAUUUCGGAAGGUAUGGAAAUUGAUAUUUCUGAGAUGCACGUUGUUGUGAUGGCUCUCAGCUCAUAGGACGUUUUCGAAUAUCACUUGGAGCUCAGAGCAAAAGAAUUUAAACUUAUGGGCUUCUUUGUUACUUAAACAAGAUGAAGUGCUACUAUGAAUUGUUAGGUGUCACACAAAAUGUUGAACAAGUUGAUCUCAAGAAGGCUUACUACAAACUAUCGUUACAAUGGCAUCCAGACAAAAACACAACAGAGGAUACAACUGUAAUAUUUCAAGAAAUUCAGGAGGCUUACAAAGUUUUAUCUGAUCCCCAAGAACGUGCUUGGUAUGAUAAACAUCGAGCUCAAAUUUUACAGGGAAAUGGUCGUGGUACUCAAAUGGGUGAGACAUCAGACUAUCAGGAGAGUCGAGUCGAUGUCUUCCAAUACUUUACAAGAUCUUGUUUUGAAAAAUUCGAUGAUGACUUAAAGGGCUUUUAUACUGUAUACGCUAAAGUAUUUGCCGAUAUAACUGAAGAGGAGAAAUGUGCAGCUAAGUUUUCUGGUUGUCCCAUAUCAUCUAGUGAAAGUGAUAGUGAUGAUGAUGAAGAUAACUGUAAGAAAUAUUCUGGACGUAAAUCACGAAGUUAUCCACCUUUUGGUUGUUCAUCCAGUUCAUACAAGGAAGUUGUUGCUCCAUUCUAUUUAUUCUGGGAAAUAUUUGAAACAAAAAAAACAUAUACAUGGGUUGAAAAAUAUGAUACACGACUUGCAGAUUCACGUCAAGAACGUCGUGCGAUGGAAGCAGAAAAUAAUCGUAUGAGAAUGUCUGCAAUACGCAAGCGAAAUGAAGAAAUACGUCAAUUAGUAGCAUAUGUAAAAAAAAGGGAUAAACGUGUAAUUGCUGAAAAUGAACGCAUUCAGCGUAUAGCUAAAGAAUCUCAAGUUCGUACUAAAUUAUUAGCCGAAAAAGCUAGACAACGGGAAGCAGCUCAAUUAGACGAAGCUUGGAAUGAUGAAGUCGCUUUCGGUGGAAUCGCAUCUCAGUGGUCGGAACAAUUUGAAGCCGAGAUAAAACGUUUAGAAGCAGAGCUUGAUGGUAUCAAUUUAGACGAUCCGCUACAGAAAUCUUCUAAAGGCAAUCUUGAUUCCGAUGAUGGAGAUAAUAGUAAUGAUGAUGAUGAUACUGUUGAAGAGAUGAUGGAUGAUCAACUAUAUUGUGUAGCAUGUGAUAAAUUAUUUGCUUCAAUUAAAGCAAAAUUAAAUCAUGAAUCAUCUAAAAAGCAUAGAAAACAAAUGGAAUAUUUACAAAAAUUAAUUCAUCAAGAGGAUAAUAUUUUACAAGAUCAUUUCAAUUCUUUAUUAUUCAAUGAACAAUCUUCCAAUCAUAAUAAUAAUAAUAAUAAUAAUAAUAAUGAACAUUCAAAUAAAUUAACUAAACGAGCUAAAAAAGCUGAACGUAAACGUAAGAAGGAAUUAGAAUUACAAAAUUCAUCCAAUUCUAUAUUGAAUGAACAACAAUUGAAUUCAACAAAUGAUCAUGUUGAGAUUAGAAAUGAAACUACUAGCUGUGAAUUAGAUAAUACUACAAUACAAUCAACAAUAGAAAACAACAAUAAUAUUAAUAAUAAUUCUAAUAAAGAAUCAUCUAUAAAAAAUUCUAAUCCAUCUACAAUAAAACAAAGUGAAAAAUCCAUAUCCGAUUCAUCGAAAAUCAAUAAAAUUAUCUGUGAUACAUGUUUUAUAGAAUUUCAAUCAAGAAAUGCUUUAUUUAUACAUUUAAAACAAUCAGGACAUGCAAAAUUAAAAAAAUUGAAUAUACCAUCAUCAUCAUCAUCAACAACAACAACAACAACAACUAAUAAUAAAGAUCCUUUUAAUGAAAAUAAAAAAAAGUGUAAAGAAAGAAAAAAAAUCUAAAUGUUAAUCUAAUUGUACACAAAUUUUAUGGUUUUUCCAUUUAUGUAACAUGGGAAAAAUUUGUAUAUAUACAUAUAUACUAUUGACUAGUGUUUUAAAUUAAAAUAAGUAGUAUAAUAUGAUAUUUGUAUAGGUUUAUUUUUUCCCAUUGUUAUUAUUUGAUACUGCAAUCUAAUCUUAAAUGGAUUACUUUCAAUAUUAUUAUUUAGUCACAAAUUCUUAUUAACAUUGUAUAAUGAUUAUCGAUAGAGUUUACGGUUCACUUUUCAUCUUAUUUUGAACUUGUCAGCUGGAUACGCUAAAACGGGAUCUAGUAUCUUUUGUUUAAAAUGUAAAUAUAUUAUCCAUUAAGUUACUAAGUCCAUACUCGUUAUACAAGUUAUUGACCAUUGAGAUUUUGUAGUUCGGAUGAUAACGUGUUGAAAUUUGAAGAGAUAUAUACUGGAUUUUAGUCUCAGUUUGAAUAAAAACAUCGGGAUCCAUGUACAUUCAACCAAUAAAUCCCAAACAUGAUUGGAUGUAUGUCUUGAAAUCCACUUCAAUCCACUGUCCAAAUUUAAUAAAAACACGUUAAGAUAUUCUCAUCUUGUAGGGAUUAGUGUAACAACAGACGUAGGUUUCUUAUUAAAAAUAUUGUGGUCUUUAAAAGAAUUACAAACUUGGUCUCUUGAAUCUAAAGAUAUUUUCGUCACGUAACUAAUUUACUAUUGUUAACUUUUGUGUACUCAUUUCUAACCAUAUUUUUUUCAAAAAUUUAUGAUACUACCUGAUUGACAAAAUUGGGUUCGAACUUGUAAUCUAUUGUUUGAAAGUCAAACAAUUUAACCACCUAGCUAUCACUUUAAAUGAUGAACUUUUUGAAAAUGUGAAUUAUUCUAACUGAUUCAAACUUAAAAAGAGUGUCGACGUAUCAUAAUCAUCACGAGAAAUAAAAAUUCUGCGUGAAUUUAUUUGAUAUUCAUUUUUGAAGAGUUUAAAAUUAGGAUGAAACAGUUAUACAGGGGUUAUUGGUUUUCCUGGUGAUGACCAUUUGUAACUUAAAAUGAUUUCAUAUGAGUCUUGAACUUAAAUUAUAUGCACUAAACGGUAAACUUGACGUAGAUGUAUGAUGUUCAGAUAGUUCUUUAUAUUAACAGAUAUCAGUGUAGGCGGUGGAGGUAAUAAUGAAACCUAAGAAUGACUGAAUAAACUUUAAGACAAUUUUCAUCACGUUCUGGUGUUUAUCGAGGAUCUGUUGAAAACUGGAUAUCUACUUUGUCCUUAUAUACAGGCAGCUCUGAACAACCUAGAAGCAGUGAAAUUCGAGGUCAUCAAAUAUCGUUGUGAACAGAUUGUUUCAUUACUGUCUAGUUGGAAGUUAAUAGUUUACAUUUCCAAACUUGGACAACUAUGACAUAAUGAAAUCCUGAGCCAAGACAAACUUCACGUAAUGUUAAAUGUUAUCGCGUUUGAUAAUCAUCCACAUUUUUAACCUACUUAAUUAUUCGAUUGAUAGACUCAGUUUGAAGCAAUGUUAGGGUAUUCAAUCUGUAUUUAGUGUUAUCCGACAGUAAACCUUGCUUAACCUAAGUUUCAUGUUAUUCAAUACUCGUCAGCAACGUACCUAUAAUCUUGUGGGACUGGUACUUCCUUUAGGGUGCGAUCUCAUGUCAUACAACCUCAUAAUUUGAGACUUUACUGCUGACUUGUUCGAGGCACGACUGAGCUGUACGAAUGAGAUUUCUUUUCACAAUCGCUUGAUCAAUAAGUAGUGUAGUGAAUGUCAGGUUUAACUUUAUUCAGUCGAUGAAGUCUUAGGAAUUUUUUAAGUCGACAUUGUUAGAAUUCUA